AUGGGGGGGACGCCCGGUAGAUCAGAGGCUAAUCCCAAGUGCUUAUUGGGCGUGGGGAAUGUGAACCCUUCCCAGACUACGGAGUGCAAAAAUGCGCCCAACGAUGGGACAUAUAAGGACCGACUCGAGCCACACUAUAGCCUCACCAUGAAUGGCCAUACGUCGGGCCAGAAGUGGAUGCACAGCUCAAUGAGCUGA